UUACUUAUUUUUAACAAUUUGACUGAAGAUUCGUUUGCGUACCAUACAAUUCACCCCUCUUCGGUGUACAACUCAGUUACUUUGAUUUAUAAGUUUACUGAGUGGUGCGGCCAUCACCACGAUCCAGCUUUAGGACUUUCCCGUCGCCCCAAGGAUAUCCCUCCUGGCCCUUUGCAGGCCCUCCUCACUCCCACUCCCAGCCCCAGGCAACCACUGUGGUUCUUCGCGACUGUGCAGAUUUGUCUUUUCUGGAUGAUCCUUAUGAAUGGGAUUAUACGGGAAACUUUCAGAAGAGCGAGAUGCCGAAAAACCUGGUGUGGUGGUCGGGCUUUCCCUCUGACCCGCAGAAUGGCCGGGGCCAAAUCUUCUCCUUGAGCUUCAGUUACAAAAAUAUUAAUAAAGGCAGCUGUCGAUGUGCCUCUGCUUCCUCUUUACCACGUCCUUCCAGCUAAAAGCCCGUUAAAAGCAGAAUGGCUUCCAUAAGAAGAGCCAGCCAUCCCGCGCGCAAUAUUUUUGGUGAUUUUAGUGAUACUUCCUUAGAAGAUUCAAAAAUGGAAGAAAUCAGAAACUUGAAAAUCAGUAGAAGUCUUACCAAGACAGGACCUGCUCAUAGCAGAUUUCUAAAAGGAAACCAAACCAUGGGUGUAAAACACUCACUCCUGAAAGAGAAGGCUGUUGUGGAUGGUGGGCACAAGCUCUCCUCAGGGAGACCCCUGACCACUGCCUCGAAGCUCAGGGCCAGCGCCGUGCUCACAAAACUGGCUCAGAUAGAAACCAAGAUUAUGAACAGGAAGGCGCAGAUGGUUUUGUCAGACAUGGAAUCUGACCUGAAGACCUCUGAGGAGAGUCUUCCAAAGAGCACAGACACAGUCCUUCCCAGGAGUACAGUCAAACUUUCUUCACACAGCCUGGACAAAACCUCCCAGAAACAAGCCCAUGAAAUUCCUGUGGCUGAGAGCGGCGCGCAGAAUGGGAAGGUCAGUAGGUUUCUAAAGAGGAGGGAACCACCUGUUGAAAAUACUUUCCCUGAAGCACAUUUUGGAAAAGAGAGGAAUUUUCAAACACCCAAAGAGAAAAAACCUGCUAGAAAACUAGCUUCUCCAGACAGCGAUGAGGAGGAAAUGAAAGAGUUGCUUGGAAGCUUGAUGGAAUCUUCUAGAGAAAAAGAAACAUACACGAGUCAACUUUUCAGAGGCCCCAGAGUCAGUGAAAAAGAACAGACAAAACUAUUCUUGGAUCCGAUCCCAACUCCGCGCAGAAUCCUUUCGCCACCCAGCGAGGAACUUUCCAGCCCAAAGUCAUUUCGGACAUCACGUCUGCCGGGCUCACAGUCUGCAGACGGGACCCUCUGCAGCACGCGUUCUAGAGCUCGCUCCUCACAGACUCACGCUUCGGGGGACACAGGCACCCGCACGGCAUCGCGUCCCACUGCCGGCCCCCCUCCAAAGGCGGCCUCCGUGGUGCGGCAGGAGAAGCUGUCCUCCUCCCCCGGACGUAGUAAGGCUGGGCCUUGUGAAGAGUCAUUCUCAGAAGCUGCCGAUGACAGCCUGAACGAUUUUCGAAUCAAUCUUUUAUCCCUUGAAGAUCUGGCUCCAGCUGUCAGCGAGAACUCAGACCUGGAACAGAGAAAAGAAGGCCAGCGGGAUGAGGCAUCCAGCCGAAGCCCCCGGGCCGGGGGAGCCCCCACUCUAAGCGAGGUCUCAGAGUGCCUGAGUGAGCCAUCGGCUCCCAGCCCGAGGCCGAAGUCUCAGGAGCCCACAGCGAGCACGGUGAGCUCGGCUUAUUCGGAAGAUUUUGAAACAGCAUCCGAGUCGAGGGCCUGUUCUGAGGAGUCUCCCGACAGGACACUGGACACUUCGACAGAAUUCUCUGCAAGUCUGCAGCCAGACCUUGCCCUGCCAACACUGAAGCCUCGGAAGAAGCAGGUCAGGGACAUUACGAGAGUUCUUGUGAAGGAGACAGCCGUGCAGACCCUCGAUCCCGCCUUCACCUACCAGUGGGCAGAGGGGGCCGGCGUGGCGGCCAUCGGGCCUGCCCUGGGAGGGACCUACGUGGACCCUGUGCCCAUUGCCAGUCAUGUCGUCAGCGCGGACUCGAUAGAAGCCCUGACAGCCUACAGCCCAGCCGUGUUUGCGCUCAACGACAUGCUGAAGCAGCAGCUGAGCCUGACGCAGCAGUUCGUGGAGGCCAGCCGGCAUCUGCACGGGUCCCUCCUGCGGUCCCUGGACCGGGACUCAUUCCACUACCACACCCUGGAGGAAACCAAACAGUACAUCAGGCAGCACAGGCCCGCCCCGCUGUCCAUGGAGGACGCCCUGCAGGAGGUGACCGUGGUGGGGGCAGAUGGCACGGAGGACUCACCUAAGCAGAAUCCCAGCUCCAGCCUUUCCGGAGUGCUUGACGCUCCCAGCCCCUGCCUCCUCAGGGUGCCCGGCGCCAGACCCGAAAGGACGCACCGGCCAGGGGAAACGGAGCCACAGGCGGCACUGUCACCACUACUCCUGGGGUGACGGAGGAUGCCCGCCUGUCUGGAGCCCCGCAAGGCGGCCAGACGGGCCAGGGGCUGCCUGCCCAGUGAGUGGAGGAGAUGGAAGGGGUGAGAAGCCCCGUCUGCUCCAGAGGAGCCCACGCGAGACAUCCAGGCUGGGGACACCUGCGGGACGCGCCAGGGCCCAGCUUCUGAGCAGACAGCACAACUCAGACAGCACGGGCCCACCGGGCACGCCCCCUCCGGACUCAGCCAGAGCACGCUUCUAACUCGAACACGCCGAGAAAAAGGUCUUUAAAAAAAGUUUUUAUUUGAAGGCAAAACAGUAAAAUCCACAAGAAAUCGUUAACAGCACGUGUUUACGUUUUAUCCUGAAUCAGACACGUUUAAACAAUUCACAGCUACAAGAAAUCUAGAACAAAAUCAAAUCAUUUUAUCACAUCAGGUUGAAAAGUUGGAGAGGACUCUGCAUCUUACUGAAAAGAAUUUCUGAAAAAUGUUUUGUACAAAGAGACGGCACCGCACGAGCUGCCCAGAGACGCCAGGCGCGGCCCGUCCCCACAGACCACCCUCCCGGCCAGGCCCCCUCGGCAGCAGGGUGGGACGGGCCCGAGGCACGGCGGGGCUUGCUUUCCCCAGCCAGGCUCGGGGUGGGCCGUCCACGCGAGCGCUGGUGUUGGGUUCCUCUAAGUGACAAACACAAGCAGAGACGCUAAGGACACAGGCUCUCUGAGGGCAUCACUCCAUGACCUGAAGAUACCUCAGAUCAGCUUCCUUAGAACCUUCGUUUCUGCAGGGACCGUAAGUGGCUAAUGUUUGGGGAAAAAAUUUCAACUCAAACAACUAAAGUUAACUGAACUACGGGCCAUGAGCACGCCCUAAGAGGAAUCAGGUUCCAAAUUCUCACUGGGAUCCUCUUAGAGCAACAUUCCCUUCUCUACCACUAAACAUCUGGAGUAAAAAUGAAAGCCCUG